AUGGAAGAACAACUUGAUCGACGCCUAGCGAUCAAUGCAGGAAUGAAGCGAGCAAUUCUUCAAGACUUGCAGUGUCUGCUUCAUGAACAUCAUGCGUUGGUCAAGUUGUUUAAGAGUGCUUUAGAUCGCAUGCCAAAUGAUGACUAUAAGGUUGUCAUCAAAGCAGAUAAACGACCAUCUGGAACACACGAACGCACAUUUAAUGCUCCAACAGACGAAGUUGCCAUCCUGAUUGUUGGUGAACAAUUGGAUAAACGUGAUAUUAUGCUUACACGUCGCGAUACUGGGCAACUGCAAUAA